GGUUCAGGACAUAAUAAUUUACCCUAAAAACUACAAAAAGUCGAGAAAACGAAAAUUUCGAAACCGGUGGAGCAAAUCUGAUGCACAAGUCCCGUUAGGCCGGAAAUGCCGCCGAAGAACACAGUCGACUCCAUCUCCGCCGCAACUAAAACAACCACUCUUCCAUGCUCAAUCCCUUCUCUGUUUCUCACCUUUACUGUCUUUUCCUUUAUCACCCUUUCUUUUUUCCUGCUAUUCUCCAACCCAAAUCCAUCUAUUCCAAAUCUUCAGAACACUCUUCAAGCUCCCCAAAAUCCCAUCAAAGUCUACUUAGCAGACCUUCCCAGAUCCUUCAACUACGGCCUCCUUGACCAGUACUGGUCCUCCUCUGUACCCGACUCCCGCAUUAGCUACGACCCGGAUCACUCCCAGAUUUAUGGGUACAAAAGCUCCAAAUUCCCUCCAUAUCCCGAGAACCCAUUGAUCAAGCAGUACAGUGCGGAGUACUGGUUGAUGGGGGACCUGAUGACCCCCGAACAUUUGAGGAUUCAAUCAUUUGCUAAAAGGGUAGUUGAUGUUGAUCAGGCCGAUGUCGUUUUUGUACCUUUUUUCGCGACACUGAGUGCGGAGAUGGAGCUUGGGAGAGGGAAGGGUACGUUUCGGAGGAAGGAAGGCAAUGAGGAUUACAAAAGGCAGAAGGAGGUGAUUGAGCUUGUGAAGAAUUCCGAUGCCUGGAAGCGUUCUGGCGGUAGAGAUCAUGUUUUUGUUCUCACAGACCCAGUUGCAAUGUGGCAUGUGAGAGCUGAGAUAGCACCUUCGAUUCUUCUAGUGGUGGAUUUUGGUGGAUGGUAUAGGCUUGACUCGAAAUCAUCCAAUGGUAGUUCUUCAAAUAUGAUACAACACACUCAGGUUUCAUUGCUGAAAGAUAUAAUUGUUCCAUACACACAUUUGCUUCCUAGAUUGCACUUAGCAGAGAAUGAGAGACGCAAGACGCUACUUUAUUUUAAAGGAGCCAAGCAUAGGCACCGGGGAGGUGUAGUACGAGAAAAUAUGUGGGACUUGUUGGUUAAUGAGCCUGGGGUUAUUAUGGAAGAAGGCUUUCCCAAUGCCACUGGGAGAGAGCAAUCAAUUAGAGGGAUGAGAACAUCAGAGUUCUGUUUGCACCCAGCUGGGGACACCCCCACCUCUUGUCGUCUGUUUGAUGCAAUCCAAAGUCUCUGUAUACCUGUUAUUGUCAGUGACAACAUUGAACUCCCAUUCGAGGGGAUGGUGGAUUACUCUGAAUUCUCAGUUUUCGUGGCAGUUAAUGAUGCCUUAAAACCAAGUUGGCUUGUGAAUCAUCUUAAAAGCAUUUCUGAAAAGCAGAGGAAUGAAUAUCGCCAAAAAAUGGCCAAGGUUCAGCCAUUGUUCAUAUAUGAUAAUGGCCAUCCUGGUGGUAUUGGACCAAUUCCUCCAGAUGGUGCAGUGAAUCACAUAUGGAAAAAGGUCCAGCAAAAAUUGCCCAUGAUUAAGGAAACGAUUGUUAGAGAGAAGAGAAAACCAGCAGGUGUAUCAAUUCCCUUGCGAUGCCAUUGUACCUGAAUCAGUAACACAUUUUCUUCAAUUAUUUUAAAUUUCCCUUUUAUUGCUAUAGUUUUGUACACAAUUUGUUGUUUCAGAAAGCCAAUCAAUUUCAUAUUGUAUCACUAUUUUAUUCA